UUUCUACCAAACUAAGAUGGCGGCCCCCAGGAGAAAAUUCGACGGAGACGGAAAGUUCGAUGUGCCAGAGCCUAAAAAGAAGAAAACAUUGCACGAAAAGGAUCAAGAGAAGCGUCUCAUCGUCGUACUGGAAAAGGCUUCUUUAGAAGCAGUCAAGAAUGGGAAGAGCUACGAGCUUCUCAACUGUGACAAACACAAGGGGCUGAUGAGAAAACACAACAAGGACCCCUCGCUGUGCCGACCAGACAUCGCUCAUCAGUGUCUACUGAUGUUGUUUGACAGCCCUUUAAACAGAGCUGGUCUCCUACAAGUCUAUGUCCACACAGAGAACAACGUACUGAUAGAAAUCCACCCGCAAACAAGAAUCCCCCGGACUUUUGAAAGAUUUGCUGGUCUUAUGGUUCAGCUGCUGCAUAAGUUCAGCAUCAGAGCUUCUGAUGGACCUAACAAGUUGUUGAAGGUCAUCAAAAACCCAGUGACGGACCACUUACCGACAGGCUGUACCAAGAUCGGCAUGUCCUUCCACGCGGAUUCCGUGGUGAACCCACGUGAUCUCGUUCCCGCUGACAAACCAAUCGUCUUGGUGAUCGGUGCCAUGGCCCACGGUUCGGUGGACUCAGACUACAUAGAGAAGUCCCUGUCCAUCAGUAACUAUCCCCUGUCAGGAGCUCUCACAUGUGCCAAGGUCUGCAGUGCCUUUGAGGAGGUUUGGGGCGUGGUUUAACUAGGAUUGACAUGUGCUGAGAUCCUUGCUAUUGUGAGGUAGAGCUUCAGUAUGAGAGUGGCUGAAGGAUGAAGUUUGUAUGACUUGCCUUCUUUAGUUGAUGUACUGAUAGUUGAUUUAUUAAUAGAACCAAAGCCCACAGCUUUGCUAUGGAUAUUGUAAGAUAGCGUUCUCUUUUUUAACUUUUGGCAACAUAGAACUUAUAUUUCUAUUGGGGAAUUAUGAAUUGAAGAAUUUCUUUUUGAUAUUCCCAACUUGCAAAAAGGGCAUUGAAAAUAAACUCAAUACAGAAAGUUUGGAAACUUCAUUUAGGUUGAUUAUAUCUCCAUGAACAGUGUAUUAGCUGCAUUGUGUUAUACACUGAUUAAGCAGUAUAUCAUUUGGAAAGCUUGUUUAGUGCCCCUUACAAUGAUAUAUACCGUACAUUCAUGGGUUAAGUACCAGGGCUACUAAUGUGAAUAAGUUUAAAAAAGGGCUGAAAGUUUCCGUUAUCGUAUGUUUAUUAUUUUUUAUGUACUACCUGAAGGUAGCUAGUGCUUGUAAACCUGGGAGUAGUGUGGAACUUGACAUGGGCCAGUCCACAUUCAUACUUAUGUAUUCAUAUAUACAUAGCACAUGGUAAGUAGUAUUUAAUGAGCAUUGAUUUACAUGAUUAACUAAUGUUUAAUGAGUAUUGGUGGCAUUUCAUAUGUAAGUAACUAGGAUCUAUUGAGCAUUUGUCCCAAUGCUAGAUUUAUGCUUAUCAUGUGUUUUGCAAUUAUACAAAUCUGUGAUUA